AUGACUCGCGCGUCGCCCUUGGCCAAGCGACAGCCGGGUGCGGCCAGCCAGCGCGACAACCACAACGAGAGCGGUGUUGGAAGUCAUGGGAAGCGCACAACCAAAUACCAGCAAAAGCCCUCUCACGGCCUGCCGCUUGUUGGCAGCGAUGCCGUAGCCCGAUCGUCGCCAUCUUCUGGCAACUCUGUCCUCACCAUCCCGUCUCAUCCUCCGGCCGUGGCCGCUGGUGCUUCGUCCCCACCACCUCUUUUUACUACCGUGGCCGCCGCUGCCGUGGCUAACGGUUGCACCUGUGGUACGGACACGAUGGCGUCUUCCUCACCUGCAACCUACCACGGGCAGCAGCGCCACCGCAAGUCCGACCCCUCUCUGAUAACAUCGACUGGCCCCCGCCGCUCGCACGUGUCCGACCGCCAUCUGCCGAAUGUCGACAACGUUUCUCAGCCGCCCUCUUCUUCGGACUCGCUAGCCGCCCCCUACACACUUGCGACGUCAAACGAUGUCUCAGGUGUACCUGCACCAUCCGCUGUAUCGUUUGAUGAGUCGUACCGCCGCAUUGAUGUCAAUGCUACCAAGAACGCCAACGUCCACCGUGACACCGGGCCUCUCGACCUUGCAAUGACAAUUCUCCGUUCCUGUCCGCUGUAUGACACUAUAGCCAUUCUCAUCAUUCUCAUGCAGCUUUCGCCCGUGGUUCUAUCAGUUGUCUACAUGCUGUUUACCGUUCUCACCUUCGUCCCUCCUGUCACGACUAGCUCCGGCUUGAGCCUGACAGAAAUAUUCGAGGGUGGUCUCGGGCAUCGUGCGCUACAUUAG